AUGAACAAAUUUCAGCACUCCACCACUGACCUACCUCCAAAGCCAGCUAGACUUCUGGGCUUCCUACCUAGAAGAAAACCUCCGAAGGUUGGUAGCGCUCUUCGGAGCCGACGCUGCGCGGCACCUCGCGACACUAUAGCUGUGUGCGGGGCGUGGCGAGAGUGCUUUGGCUUCCCUGCAAACUACAGCCAACCCCAGUUCUACUCAACUAUUGAAGAAUACUCUAAUCACACUUCUGUCGUGUAUGUUCUUUAUAACACAUGUGAUGGAGUUGUUAAGGUUUUCCUUACAAUAGCCUUUCCAGCACUUACCUUUUUUGCUACAGCAGCAGCUGAAAUACGUCAGAGAAGUCCGUCGGAAGAGCUCGGCGAGCAUGGGAAAAAACGCGGAAAAGUAGGUAAAUUUUGUAUUAUUUCUGACUCACAAAACUAA